CGCUGCUUAUAAUGCGCUGUUUUAUUUUUAAAAUUCUAUAAAGUUAAUUUAGUUUUAUUCGUUAGGACGACAUUGCGAGAGCGAGCACUGGUUGGAGUCAUGAGCACGGAGCAGGAAACUAAUCUGCAGAUAAGCCUGCUUAGGAGCUUCGAGGAGCUAACCGAGGCGGAUCAGACGCGCUGCUUUCAACAUUAUCUGGAGGAGCCGCUGGCGGAGAAACAUUUGCUGCACAAGUAUCUGAAGCGCACGUCGUCGCUGGAGGAUCGCGCCAGCGAGGAGCCGCUGGAGAAUGAAUGCUUCUUGACCUUCGAUGAGUUCAAAAUGAAUGACAAAUAUAGCGCGCUGAUAUUUUGUCUAUGCGGUAUCUCGCAUCCGUUUCAUUACGUUCUCUAUCUGAGCAUACAUGAGGAUGCCAGAAUGGAGAGCGUGGAGGCGUUUAUACUUGAGAUAUUGGCCAACAUAUUGAUAUACGAAAUACCGCAGUUGACCAAAUAUACCGUUAGAUUCGUGCUCUGCCGCGACAACGAUGUCACCAAUAAAGUCAUGGCCAUGAUCUCCGACGCGGGCAAGAAUAUUAGUCUGUUCAAUGCUUUCCACAUCAUACGCGAUCCGCUAAAGCUGCGCGACUCCAACCUGCACAAUCCGUACGUGCAGCAGGCCUGGUCGGACAUAAUGCUGGAAAACAUUGGCCUCUCCAUCAUUCGCCCUAUGUUCAGCAAGCAUCGCGCGCUGGCCAAGGAGAAGGAGCAUGCAGUCCUGAAGCAGUUUAUCGAUGAUUUCUAUGUCAUUGCCAGAGAUCUGCUGGAUGUGCGCUUCGAGAUCAAUCUAAGGCUCUGCACCAUGGAGCGUGUGCUCAACUUUGAGCACAUUGUGCUUAGCCACAUGAAAUCCUACGAAAAUCGCGAUCUCUCACGCAUGUUUCUCUUCAAUCUACUGCGCGCACUCAUCAUUAUUUAUGCUUAUUAACUCGGAGAUUUUAAGCCCAGAACAAUGAGUGCGCAGGCGUAUGGCUAAAUAAAAUUUUAUGUGAAACUAUUUAUAGUUUUU